AUGGACAACAUAGAUUAUGAAAAGAGCCUUCCUAGGCCCAAACAGAGACGAAGCAAACUCUGCUUCCUCGCCUACUCCAUUUUUGAAAUUGUCUCACUCGUUUUCCUUUUCCUCACCACGUUUGGGUUUCUACUAUCCGGCACCAGCUUCUUGCCGCUACAAGCGUUUAAUCCCUUGAGAAUCAAGAUCCAAGCACAGUCAAACUUGGCCAAGGACACCAUCGAUAUAAUUCAGCAGGGUCUCAAAUUCGCCACCUACCUCUCGAAUGACCUCAACGUCUACGCCAAUUUCACCACUAACGACACCAUCUUGCAGAAGCUAGACACGCUAUAUGAUGGCAGCGCAUACCAAUUUAAUUUGUUCGGCUACUGCCGAACUGAUCCUUUGGCGGAAACGCACGGCUGCUUUGAUGGUGAAGGCAUCAAUGUCGUGUCGUGCUUCUUGACCGACUUGGGGAUGCAGCUAAAGACCUUGACUGGAGAAGAGCAUAGUGGCAUUGACGACAAGUUGGUCAAGAUCUACUACGAUUUGAUCCAUCAGUUGUGCCGGGGCCGCAUGUGGACCACGAGGUUUCCCUGUGUGCUCCAGGGAUAUAACUGCAUGGGGUUCCUAUUGCAGUACGUUGCCAUUUUGGCGGUGCUGCUAACGGCGUUGGCCGUUGCUGUGUGUCUCGCUGACUUUGUGUUGUUGUACGGGUUAUUUGGCGUCAGUUGGAAGUUUACGUUCCGGUUGCGGCUCUGGUGCAUCAUCAUGAGCAUGGUUUGUGUGAAUCUCACGUAUGUUGCCAUUUUCUACAUUUCGCAAUCGAUCGAGGAACUAGUACAGCAGUACCAGGUUGGUCAAAUCAGGUUCAACUUUCGGUGUUGGAUCGCGUGGGAUAUCGUUUUUUUCAUCGCCAUGAUUUUCGUCGCCAAAAGACAGAGGGAAUACGAGAAAAUCAGGUUUCCAUAUUAA